UUUACAUCCGCCUCAUAAAAUUAGAAGGCCACAACUGAAAAAGCUAACAUAAUUUUUUAGAUUAAAGUCUAGAUCUAGAUUUAGAUCUAAAUCUAGAAUCUGUAAUAUAUGUGAUAGAUCACUAGGUGGAUUUUUAUCAUUUUACAGCAAUGGUUUGCGAAAAAUGUCAAAAAAAGCUUGGUAAAGUAAUUACACCAGACCCAUGGAAAAGCGGUGCACGCAACACAACAGAAGGGGGAGGCAGGAAGGUUGGGGAAAAUAAAGCCCUCACAGCCAAGAAAAACAGAUUUAAUCCUUACCAGACUAGCUUUGAAAAAUGUCGAAUUUGCAAAACAUCUGUACAUCAGCCUGGAUCUCACUAUUGUCAAGGAUGUGCUUAUAAAAAAGGAAUAUGUGCCAUGUGUGGAAAGAAAGUAUUGGAAACAGCAAACUAUCGCCAGAGCUCUACAUGAUGUGGUUGUUGUAUUCGUUGUCACAGGUCUGCUGUAGGUAGCCCUGGGGUCUGUAAAUACAUUUAUUUUAUACAGCUAGCCUGAAUAUUUUGUACAGCUAGCCUGAAUAUUUUAUACAGCUAGCCUGAAUAUUUUGUACAGCUAGCCUGAAUAUUUUGUACAGCUAGCCUGAAUAUUUUAUACAGCUAGCCUGAAUAUUUUAUACAGCUAGCCUGAAUAUUUUGUACAGCUAGCCUGAAUAUUUUGUACAGCUAGCCUGAAUAUUUUGUACAGCUAGCCUGAAUAUUUUGUACAGCUAACCUGAAUAUUUUGUACAGCUAGCCUGAAUAUUUUGUACAGCUAGCCUGAACACACCUGAAACUUUUAACUCUGUCAGAAACACCAUUGUAGGAAGUUUUAAAAUGAUUGUUGUCGGUUGUCUUUGAAAUAAGGAGAAUGUAUUUGUAACUAUUGAUAUCAUGAUUUAAAUUUUAAAUAUAUAAAUAAACCCUAAAAAUUUUAUUCAUUGUUCAUUUCAUUAGAUAGCUCUUAAAAAUGUGUAUGUCACAAUAAACAAGCAUAAAAGAAGUUAAUGUGGGGAAUUUUUAUACCAAAUAGACUUUCAUUAAUUUUUUUUAAAAAUCAGCUGUAUAAAAAAAAACUACUUACUUAACUAACUUGAGGCUCAAGAAUUUUCAGUUUUUAAAAUUGCCAGAUGCUGUGUUAAAAAAACCCACAGUAGGUUGUCUACCUUACAUUAUCAUUCAGUAGAAGUGUACUGUAAGUAACACAUUCUAGUAAACAGCACACUUUCAAUUAUAGUGUCUACACGAGGUCGUCCAGUGUGCCCUAGGGUCAUUGAAAUCAGAAUGCUGCAUUAUAGUUUCAUGAUUGAAAAAAGCAUCACAGAUAGUAAUUUUUGUGUAGUGCUUACAAUAUAAAAGGACACUGCUGUUGCACAAGAUCUGUUGAGCCAGUUUGAAACAUUUUAUUAAAGUUUUGUUUGACACUUAACAGUGUGUCCUUGGCUUUAGUUUAUACCUUUUAUGAACUAUAAUUACCAAAUGGCCUCUCCUAUUUGAGCCAAUGUUUCAAUCACAUGGCUUUCUACUGCAGUUAAAAAAUUUAAAUUAACAUUUAUUCUUCCCACAUGAAAAUAAAAAAAAGUUGACAACAAUAAAACAAAUUGAUU